CCCAGGGCGGAGAGCGGCGUGCGGUCUGCGAGAGGCACGUGCGGAUCCCGUGCUUCUGGCCGCCGGGUGCGGAUGCCUGCAGGGCCAGCGAGCCAGCGAGCGAGCGCGCGGGCGACCGAGAGGCGGACCGCCGGGGAAGCAGGGACGACGCGGCGGUGCGGGCAGCGGGACUGCAGUGCCCCCUCUCCCGAGAAAGCCCGCACGCCCGCGCGCGCCCGCACGAGCACACCAUGGGCAGCGAGAACACGCGCGAGAGCCCUUGAGUGUCGGAUGCGUUUUAGCUAUGGCUUCUGCCCUCAACAGCAAAAUUCACACGCCGGGGUCUUGCCCGAGCUCCAAAGCUGAUGCCCGCGGUGGCGCCGACUGGAGAAUAGACUGCAAUCCCGAAAUGCACGUGAAAAUGUGCAAGAAGAUAGCCCAGCUCACCAAGGUGAUUUAUGCCCUGAACACCCGCCAGGAUGAGGCAGAGGCCAGCAUGGAGGCGCUGCGGGAGGCACACCAGGAGGAGCUCCGGGACGCGGUGGCGGAGACCAAGGCCAGGCUCCUGCAGGAGGAGGGCCACGCGGAGGAGGAGGCCCUGCUCCAGCGCAUCCGGGCCCUGGAGAGCGCCCUGGAACUGCAGAAGAGGCUGACGCAGGAGGCGCUGGCCCAGUCGGCCACAUGCAGGCUGGAGACCAAGGAGAAGGAGCUGAGGGCAGAGGCGGAGCACGCCGAGCGGGUCCUCACCCUCUCCAAGGAGAUGCUGGAGCUCAAGGCUGGCUACGAGAAGAGGCUCCGGCACCUGACGGGCCGCGAGGCAUCCCAGUGGGGGCGGCCGUGCCAGGAGAGCCCAGACGUGGAGGCAGAGCCUGGCCACAGCCCCGAGAUGCGGGACGUCCUGCUGGAGGUGGAGCGGCUGCGAGGGGAGAACCAGCAGCUGAGCCAGGACUACGCCCGCAAGGCCGAGGAGCUGCAGGCCACCUACGAGCGGGAAAACGAGGCCAUCCGGCAGGCCAUGCAGCAGUCGGUGAGCGAGGCCCUGUGGCAGUGGCAGGAGAAGGAGACAGACCUCCGCAAGAACUUCCAGGUCCAGGAGUCGGCCCUGCAGGCCCAGGUCAGGAAGCUGGAAGGGGACCUGGAGCACAGAGGCCGGAAGAUAAGUGACCUGAAGAAGUACGCCCAGAAGCUGAAGGACAGGACUCAGGACCUGGACAUGCAGCUCAGGGAGGCUCGACAGGAGAACUCAGAGCUGAAAAGCACUGCAAAAAAGCUUGGGGAGAAGCUGGCUGUUGCCAAAGAGAGACUGAUGCUGCAGGAGUGUCAUGGGACAGAGAAAACUGAUGACAUGAAGAUGGAGCUGGUUUCAGAGCGUGAAGUCCUAGGGAGAGUGAAUGAUGUGGAAGUCUGCAGUCUCCCUCCUCACCAGGACCAGGCAUUGCCCAAGGAGUGUCCCUGCAUGAAAGAAGGCACAGAUACACAGACCAAGAAAGAGGCAAGUAUUGAGACAGAAUAUGUGAAGCAACAAUAUGAAGAAGACCUUCGUAAAAUCAAACAUCAGACAGAAGAGGAGAAGAAACAUCUCAAAGACCAGCUAGUGAAGCGGCUGGAAGACCUGAUCAAGAAACACACCAUGGAAAUCAAAUCUGUUCGCUCUUCUGUGGAGGCAGAAAGGAAGACGCUGCAGAAGGAAGUAGAAGCGCAGUUGGAGGAGGUGAAGAAGAAAUCAGAAACUGAAAUAAAGCAGCUGGAAGAAGAGAAGGCAGCCCUAAAUGUGAAGCUCCAGAAUUCUCUGCUUGAGGUUUUAAGACUGGAAGAAUUUAUCCAACAGAAUAAAGUACAUCCCCAAGGAGAUGAGGAAAAUUCCCAGGAAUUGGACUGCCAUCUCUGCAGCAUUUUAGAAACCCAGGAUCCAUGCUUAAGGCUGAACGAACCUUCUCAGACCCUGACCAGAGAAGAGCUUCAAGAUAAGUCAGCGGUUGAAGACAGAACCAGCAGCGAUGAAGAAAGGAUUGAAGUCUCCCUCAAGGAAGGAGGUGACCUGCAACCUCCACUGGGCUCUUUGCUGAAGGAGAAGGCACCCAAAAUCCAGCAUCUGCAGGAGGAGUGGCGAAGCCAGAAGGCCAGGUUGCAAGCCCAGGUCUCGCAGAUGCAGCGGGCUCUGGAGCAGUGUGCCAGCAGCUACAGGGAGGACCUGCAGGAGCUCAAGCAGCUCUCCGACCACGAAAGGGAGAAGCUGCAGCGCGAGCUCCAGGAGGCCGCUCAGCAGAGCCAGGCCGUGAGAGCCCAGCUCGAGGCUUCCCAUCAGCGAGCCCUACGCGUGCUCGAGAAGGCCAAAAACCAGGAACUCAAGGCCACAGAGGAGCGCUUGAAGAAGGAAUCCAGCCACAGCCUCCAGAUCCAGCACCAGGCACACCAGCUGGAGCUUCAGGCCUUGGAGGAGAAGGCCCAGCAAAAGCUCCAGGGGGAGCUGGGGAGGGUGCAGGCCCAGCAGGCUCUGCUGCUAGAUUCCCUCAGGCAGGAGCUGUUGGAGCAGCGGGCUGCCUGCUCUGAGCACCAGAAGGACUUGGAGGCACUGCAGGCUGAUCUGAGGGCUCCAGGCAGCACGGGCAGGCAGCAGCCUACUGGCCAGAGCCCAGGGGACAGCAAGGACCAGGCCAUCACAGCAGAGGAGGGGGUCGGCCCGGGCCAGGCGGGCUCCCCGAAGGGCGGCGCUGACGGUCCCAGCGAGGGAUGCGGCCUCUGGGAGGAGAACGCUCAGCUCAAGGACGCGCUGCGGCGGCUGCGGGCCGAGGUGGAGCAGCACCGGCAGGAGGCGCUGCAGCUCCGCGACCAGCGCAGGUCGGUCCGCGAGUCCGAGCUGCACUCAUCACCCGUUCCACCAACCCUCGGUGACCUACGGGGCCUCAUCUGUGACACGGAGACGCCACCGCCGCCUCUGCGUGCUGCUGGAGGAUGCACGGAGAUGUACGCCAGCCUAGCGCCGUCCCAGGCAGGCCGGAGGCACCGGGUUAACUGUGGCCGUAACUGUUAUGACCCAGUCCAGCCUGGAGAGCUCAUUGAGGAGAGAAGAUUUCACUAUGCAGCGUUCCCCAGUGCAGUGUCCCAUCGGAAUAGGUCCUUCUCCUUCAAUCCUCACCCGGGAUAUUUGACCCCUUCCAUGAAGAAAAAGAUGAUGGAGGAAGUGCCCAGCCGAGUGGUCAGUGUGCCAAACCUCGCCUCUUACGCAAAGAACUUUCUGAGUGGCGAUCUGAGCUCCCGGAUCAAUGCCCCUCCCAUUACAAAGUCACCCAGCUUGGACCCAAGCCCCAGCUGUGGCCAGCCUUACAAACCCACCCAGACUCUGAAUGUGAAAACCGCCACAAGGAUACAAGACCGUGAAACAGCCCAACCCAAAGAAGUCCAGCAGAAACAGGGCUCUGCCCACCAGGAAUGGUUUACCAAGUAUUUUUCUUUCUAAACAGACUCUUGGGAUCCAUCAUGAAGAUGACAUUUGAAAAAACAUUUCCUUUGAAAUAUCUGAUUGAGGGAAUGAACUAAAAACCACCCAACCAAAUAACUUGCCUGCAGUAUGAUUUAUCUAUGAUAGCCGAAACAAAUUUUGGCAUUAACAUUUCAUACUGUUUCAUUGUGACACCAGUUCAUUAAAAAAAAAAAGUUGACAUCAAGAUGAAACAAACCAGUUAUUAAAAAGCACCUGUAGGGAAAUGUUACUGUUAUGAAUGACCUACACACUGCAUCCCUCCCGUCCUGAGGAUUACAGCCCACUUUGUAGACUGUUACACUACGUGUUCUCCAUCAUCCACUUUAAAAGUGGUUUCAUUCUUCCUUAGGAUGUUGGUCACAUCCACUUGAAAAGUGUUUCUUUGUAAAUGAUGUGAUA